CAUCAAAAGGGGACGACGUUGACGUCAAAGAGUUGUGCGAGGGGCUUCAGUUUUUGCUGGUGUUUUGUAUUUUUAAACCGAUUUAUACGAGUUUCACUGGACAUCAAACAGUCUGUUUUGUGCUGAGCUGCCUGUCCUCUCUACACCCACUGCCUUCAUCUACGUUAUUCUGCUUUUUUAUGGACUAAUGUACAUGCGGACACAAAUAAAAAGCAGUCAUGUUUCAUAACAGCUCACAGAAGAAACACUGGACGUUUAACAGUGAAGACGAGCUGGAGCAGAUGAGAUAUAAUGCCAAUCAGAAAUUCCGCAAAAAGACUGUAGAAAGUGGGAAGCCUAUAGUGAGUGAGUCUGUGUUCUUGGAGCGCCAUGAAGAAGACAUUUUAUUCAGACACUAUGAGAAGAGGCUGCUGGACUUCUGCAAUGCAUUCAAACCUGUAAUGCCAAAGUCUGUUGUGGGUACAGCUAUCAUGUACUUCAGAAGAUUCUACCUGAACAACUCCAUCAUGGAGUACCACCCCAGGAUUAUCAUGCUGACUUGCGCAUACCUGUCCUGCAAGGUGGAUGAGUUCAACGUGUCCAGCGGCCAGUUUGUGGGCAACCUUCUGCAGGAGACCCCAGCUGGACAGGAAAGGGUUCUAGAGCAGAUCCUGGAGUAUGAGCUGCUUCUAAUCCAGCAGCUCAACUUUCACCUGGUGGUCCACAACCCUUACAGACCCAUGGAGGGCCUGCUCAUUGACCUCAAGACAAGAUACCCUACGCUGGAGAACCCAGAGUCACUGAGGAAGAGCGCUGAUGACUUUCUGACACAGGCAGCCAUGACAGACGCAGGGCUGCUGUUUCCUCCCUCUCAGAUCGCUCUGACAGCUAUUCUGAAUAGUGCCUCAAGAGCUGGACUCAACAUGGAGAGCUACCUGACUGAAUGCUUGGGACUGAAGGACAAAGAGACCCUCUCAAAAACCUUCGAGUCAAUGAGACGGAUGAAAACCCUCCUUAAGAGGUAUGGACUUGCCAAACCAGAUGAGGUGAACGUCUACAAACAGAAGCUGGAGAGAAUCCAUGCAGAAUUCGGCACAAGUUCAAGCAAUAAAAAGGAAGGGGCUCAUCAAGGCGGCCCCAUCUGUCCGGCUCCAUGUCAAUCACCAAACGUUCCGAGGGAGUGGCAGGCAUACCAGAAUAAAAGACGUUCACGCCAUUUCUGCACAAACGAAAGAGAGGAUACGAGGAAGACGGCCAUGUAGCAAAAGAGCCACGCAUGACAGAAGAGGAAUUGACUGAUGAAGACCUGCUAUGAGCAUUUAUCCCAAUGUGGUUCAAACAACGUUUUAAGUUAUUAUACUACUUAAUUUCAAUACUGAGCUGUCAAGUUAAUGACACAGAUGACUGAGACUUAAAAGAAAACAUGAUGGGAGUGUCACAGUUUGUAUAAGUAUACAUUUUCUUUUCUAAAUCUUGGGUUUUCCUUUGUUCUGCAGUAAGAAUAAAGAUAUUUUUCUACAUA